AUGAUAAAGGUUGAGCCACCGGGAAAAGGUGAUUCUAUUCGUGCCUUACGAAAGCUUGACAUCGAUGGAAGGCAGGAAGGAACUGAUAGAAGUGAUGUUUUGAUUGAAAACUUCCGUCCUGGAGUUAUGGAGAAAUGGGGACUUGGUCCUGAAGAACUAUAUAAAACCAACCCCUCAUUGGUAUACACACGUAUUUCUGGCUUUGGGCAAACGGGUCCGUAUGCAAAAAGGCCGGGUUUCGCGUCAGUAUGCAAUGGCAGGAUGGCGGCAUAUCAACAGGUUUCAAAGUCAGCCGCUAGUACGCCAGAACUUUCAGGGCAGGUGAUUGAUGCAGCUAUCUACGAGAGCGUGUUUAACAUUAUGGAAGGAGUGUUACCAGAAUAUGAUCGGUUUGAUGAAAUAAGGCAACCUUCUGGCACUUCUGUAACCGAUGUCGCUUAUCUUUGCUCUGAUUCUAGGUACAUUGUCAUAGAAGGAAGUAGCGAUUGUAUGUAUGAAAAGUUGAUGAGAGUAAUUGAAAGAGACGAUCUCACUGUUGGAAAAUAUAAAACGAACGAGGGACGCGUUCAACAUAAGGGAUUAAUUGACGAUGCAAUCUCGGAUUGGACGAAAAGGUUCACCUCAAAAGAGGCACUUGAAAAGCUGGAAAAAAGUGAAAUUCCGUGCGCUCCUGUAUAUAACAUCAAAGAUAUUUCUGAGGAUGAUCACUUCAAAUCACGUGGUUUAUUUGAGACUGUAAAAGUUGGCGAAAACAGGGAGGACAGAGGCUGGAACCUUAAACUUUCUGCUAUUACCCCGAAACUUGGCGCAACACCGGGUGGAACAACUUGGGCCGGCCCAGAUUUAGGACAACACAACAGGGAAAUUCUAGUGAAUGUUUUAGGGAUGAGAGAAGAUGAGAUUAGAAAACUGCAAAGAGACGGAAUUGUCGGUAAAACCUUAUGA